AUGGUGUCUUCGCAUGAAAGCAUUGUUUGGACUCAAGGUGUAUGCGAGAUUGUUGAAAAUGAAUAUGAUGAGCUACAAGAUGAAGAGCGAUUGUCUCAAGUUGAGAAUGAGGUUUUGGCAGAGACAAGGAAGAAGAAUCGACAAGCUUUACUCUCAUUCAUCAAUGUUUGGUUGAUUCUAUAUUAUUGCUCAAGGGUGAAGACAAUUAUGAAUCAAAUGAAGAGAUAUGGAGAUAAGAUAGAAGAUGUUCGUGUAACGGAGAAAAUUCUUCGUUCAUUGAUUCCUAAGUUCGAUUAUGUAGUGUGUGUUAUUGAGGAACCAAAAGAUCUUGACUCAGUGUCCAUUGAGGAAUUAGAAGGUUCAUGCAAGCUCAAGAAGAAAGAACGAUCAAAAGGCAAGAGGAGCCACUAG